GUCAUUUUGCUCUGGGAUUUGUUUCAUCGGCAGACUUUGGAUAUCUCAUCAUAUCCUCUUCAGAGAAUGAAAAGUGUGUGUGUUGUGGUGACUGCUUGAAGGAGUUGUGUGUUUGUGCAUCGAUCAGCUGCAUCAGCAUGUUGCCACCUGUGAAGAAGGACCGGGUUAUUACUCAGCUCCCAAAGUGUUUUAGUCCAGAUGCAGCGCUGCACACCAAAGACAGCUUCCACCCGCAUGUGAAGGCUGCAUGCCAGGUACAGAAAGCAGGCACAGUGAGCUUUAACGUUGCUAAGGUCAUUGUCGUGGGUGAUGUUGCAGUUGGGAAAACGUGUCUGAUCAGCAGGUUCUGUAAGGGUGCCUUUGAGAAGAACUACAAAGCAACUAUAGGGGUGGAUUUCGAGAUGGAGCGCUUUGAGGUGCUUGGUGUUCCCUUCAGUUUACAGCUGUGGGAUACAGCAGGUCAGGAGCGGUUCAAGUGUAUCGCUUCCACCUAUUACAGAGGAGCACAAGCCAUUAUAGUCGUGUUUGAUCUAAGCACCGUGAACUCAUUAGCUCAUGCGAGGCAGUGGCUGGAAGAAGCUAUGAAGGAAAAUGAUCCAUCCAGUGUUUUAUUGUUCCUUGUUGGUACCAAGAAGGACCUCAGCUCUCCUGACCAGCUGGCUCAGAUUGAGCAGGAAGCCAUGAGGCUCUCUGAGGAAAUCAAAGCGGAGUACUGGGCCGUGUCUGCAAAGUCAGGAGAUGGUGUCAAGGACUUCUUCUUCCGUGUGGCUUCUUUGACUUUUGAGGCCAACGUUUUAUCUGAGCUGGAAAGAAGUGGGUCGAGACACGUUGGUGACAUAAUCAGGAUCACAGACAGCACAGAAACCAGCCGUAAACCAAGAAAGAAACCCAACUGCUGCUGAGAUCCAACAAAUAUCUGCCUGCAUAUUCUGAAGCAACUACACAGCAACACAAAAUGGGACAAUCAGCAGGAAUAUUAAGAUGAAAUAUGGACUCUGGGACUCUGAAUAUCAUGAGUAGACCCCCCCCCUCCCAUGAAAGCAAUGUCGCAGUGCUCGCCAACGACCUGAGAAGGAAUCAGGAAUAGGUCAAGUUGUAAAUUCUAAGUUGAGCCUGUAAACAAGUCUGUCAGCUGACUGAUUUGAGCAGUGUAAUCUCAGGAAUGUUUACAGCUGACUGUGGCCACAACAAACAGGCCAUUGUGAUGUCCUUGAUUCUGUAAACAUUUAUGAGAAGAGGAAGAUUAUUCUCUAUCACAUCCACCAUUAAACUGCAUUUUGUUGAUGCCUUUAAAAC